UCCGUCCACGCGCACGUCAGCAGGUGCAGACAGAGAGAAGUGGGGUCUCGUGGCUUCAUCAUCACUGCAUCAGAAUAACGCCGGUAUAUAAUACUUUUACAUCAAUAUAACAUUCUCAGAAGAUGGUAGCAAAACAAAGGAUCCGUAUGGCAAACGAAAAGCACAGCAAAAACAUCACGCAGAGAGGCAACGUUGCAAAGACCCUGCGACCUCAGGAGGAGAAGUACCCCGUGGGGCCGUGGCUCCUGGCUCUGUUCGUCUUCGUCGUCUGUGGAUCAGCCAUUUUUCAGAUCAUCCAGAGCAUCAGGAUGGGAAUGUGAUCCAGAGGCCCCACCAGACUCCCCUUUCCCCCUCACACCCCUUCACCAGACCUGGGGCUGCUUGCCACCCUACGUUCCUAACACCUCCAGGAGGCCCGACUCAGGACAGCUCUUUGUCCAUCAGGGCAGGCCUGGGAGAGGAAUGGACCACCCCCCUUCCCCCCUGCCAUCCUCAAUCACAUUUACAGAGUUCCAGGGCAGGAAGAUGAAAGCUUUUCUACUGACAGUUUGAACCACAACAACUGGCUGGAUGAACCUUGUACAGUGUGUCUUAUACCUGCUCAUAUGUGUGAGUGUAUGUGUGUGUGAGAGAGUGUGUGCAGUCCAAGAUGUGACUGGCUGCUGACGAUGUGCCAUACUGCUGUGUUUCUAUAUUUAUCUGUGUUGCGUGAGAACCUUUUUUUAAAUAAAUGUGACUUUGUUUGGGAAA